AACCUCAGUCUUUUGCAAUAGCUGAUCAGAGAUAUCCUGGCUUUAAGCCCAGUCAGACUUACACAAGUUCACAUCAGAAUGUUAGCUGGUGGUGACAUAAAGGAAACUAUAGCAGCAUUGUAAACCUAAUGUUAGCCUCCUGGGUAGUUACAUCUUGACCACAGAGAAACAGGUUGUGCUACACUGAAGGAUUUACAGACAAAGCACACAAGCAUGGACGUCAUCUUCAAGGAAGGGAUGCUGUACCUUCAGGGAGUCAAGUUUGGAAAAAGAUCAUGGCGGAAGAUGUGGGCAGUGCUUUUUAAACCCAGCCCCACAGGAGUUGGGCGCUUGGAGCUCUGCACCGUACUUGACAACAAUGCAGUCAUAGACCAGAUGAAGAUCAGUUGGCAGAAAACACCAGAGAGGAAAGUGGUGCGUCUCCGGGACUGCCUCAGUGCCGAUCCUGCUCCAAAGGAGUCCUGCCCUGCUGGGUGCACAGCUUUCUACCUAAACACCGUUCAGUGCAACUACACCCUGGCCUCCACAGCCAGCCAGGACUGGCUGAAAGCCCUCUGUGUUCUAGCCUUCCAGAAGGAUCCUGGAGAAUCAGACAAAGGGGGUUUCGAGAGAGGAAAUGGCUUGACAAUGGAGGACAAUGAACUUUACUCGUCCUGGAAAACAGAUCGGAAGCCUCCUCCGAACCAGUACCAAGUUACUAUCCAGAGCACUGAAGCGUCCAGGAGGUGCCAGCUGUCUGGACAGUAUCUAGUCAGGCCAGAAAAACAGGCUCUGACACUGCUGGACAUCAACACUGGCCACACCAUCUACUGCUGGCCAUACAUGCUGUUACGCAAAUUUGGACAGGUAGAGGGUGGAUUCAGCAUCGAAGCAGGCCGACGCUGUGACUCAGGAGAAGGCGUGUUCAUCUUCCUGUCCAGGCAUGGUCCGCAGAUCUUCCAGACAAUAUUAAAUGAGUGCUCUGUGAAGAAAAGUGCAUCCAUCCAGCCCGCCGGCAUCCAGAGAUCAGCCAUCGCCCUGCCGCCUGUCAACUUCCCAACCACAAGCAACCAGCCCACCGUUCCUCCUGUCAGUAAUCCAGCAUACGUUUCUGUGAAGACAGACCACGAGUCUGCCUGCCACUACUCUACUAUUGAGGACAUCUCUCGACUAAACCUGAAGCAGCCACCUCUAGGUAAACCAUAUCUCUCUGACAGCAAGGAGGCUGUGGGAGAGGAAGAAGAGGAUGAGAGGUAUCACUCCCUGGACGACAGCCUUUAUUCCAAUGUAAAGAGAGCCACCCCUCCUACUACCAGAAAAGAUCAGUCCAAACCGAGCAUAGACAUAGAGUGCAUCUAUGCUGAUGUGAAAAUACACGAUUCUACCUUAAAUCCCCAGCUGCAGCACUCCUCACCAUCACCCACCCUAUACUGUUCCGGUGUUUCCCAGCCUCCUCCCUGCCCAAUUCCUCAAGCUGCUCCCCUCACCCCACCCAGGGCCCGGUACCAGCGUCAGCCCCCUGCGAAUAACUACAUCCAGCCAGGGUACAAUGCGCAGGCACAGGCAGUGGAUGACAUGAAAGAGAUGGAGGAGGCCAUCAGCUCCUCAUGCAAUACUCCCCCCUCUGAGGCCCCUGGCAGUUUUAAACACAGGCUGGCAGAAAUCAUUUCCAAGGACCUGGCAAAGUUCCAGCCACUUCCUCCCUCCGGAGCGGCCAGCCCCACAUUUUCUCAGUAGGCUAUUAGUUAACAGACAGUUUUACCCGUGAUAGACUGUCAUAAAGCUUAAUUAGUUUCUUUAUUUCUUUGAGAUCCCUCAUCUGGGAACAUUAGGCAUCAGGUCUUGGCUUGCAGUUGUUUGUUCUUAUCUGCAGCGACAGAAAGUAGAUUUACUGAAGUAUGACGUUGAGGUACCGGUACUUUACUUUUUGUGUUUUGUUUCCAUUUUGUGUUACUUUAUAUUUGUACAUACUCCAGUACACCCCAGAGGCAAAUUUUGUUCUCUUUGGUCCACAGCAAUUAUUUUGACAGUUCAAACUACUUUGCAGAGUCAGAUUAUUAAAAACAAAAUGUAAUCGACCAGAAUAUGAUGAUGUAUUGUUAUGGAUUAAGCCACCCAGCAGUCGCAAAAGUAGUUUAAAUAAGCUCUCGUCUACCAGCUGUAACACUCCUUUUUUCACCUUUACUUUUGGUAUUUUCAGUAUAUUUUGAUGCGAAUAAUGUUGUCCUUUUACUUGAAGAUAGUUUCACCCAAAACAUUUUUUUUUGUCAUUAUCUACUUGACCCCAUGCCGAUGGAACAUUGGGUGAAUGUCGUAGGCCAGAAAACAUUUCUGGAGCUCUAUAGCAAAACAGCGCUGGAGCAUUCUGCUCUUCAACUGAAGUAGAUGUGGAGUUGAUGGGGACAGGUGUCUGGGGAUCCCUUAUUGAUUUGAAGAGACAAUAUCUCCACCCUUGAUGUUGGUGCUGAGCUCAUGCACCUACUGACAACGGGGUGCGUGCUAAGACCUUUAGAUUGGCAGCUGCAGUAAUGAUUUCAACUUCAAACAGGUCUGAAUAAAUUAUUUUUUUAAAAAGUUAUAAUAUUAGGUAUUUUAGAGACUCUAUUUUUUAGAGGUUUAUACUUGAUGAUCUGUAUGGAGCCAUUUUAUGUUUAUUUUCAGUUGAUUUUUUACAUUUCAGGAGUUAGUGUUUAGGAGAAUGCUACUACGCUGUUUUGCCGUAAAGCUCCAGAAAUGUUUUGUGGACAACAAAGGUCUACCGACUUGAGCAAAAGAAGAUAAUGGCUGAAUUUUAUUUAUUUUUUUUUUGCUGAACUUAUCCAUUAAAGGUCCAAUUAGCACAUUAAAUGAUCAAACACAGAUACUUUUGGAAUGUGGGUCAGGUCGGCCGCCAUCCGAAAGCAUCAGCAAUUGGCGAGCUGGGAAUUCUUACAAACUGGAUCUUUAAGAAAAACUCUGAAUGCAAUUUUGACCUGACAGAGUAUUUCUUUACUUACUGUCAUUACUACUUUACUACUACUUCACUUCGCUAAAAAGCUGUUCUUCUUUAAAGCUUUUAACAGUACUUCUUCCACUACCGUCUGUGGCAUCUGUACAUUGCGUGUGUGUCUAUAUAUCUGGAUGUUGGCUCGUUUGAGAAUAUGUCCUGCAGUGUGAGCUGAAUGCAGACCUGGCUGUUUCAUUAUAAAUAGCUUUGUUACAUCAAAUGAAAUAUACACAUAUCUUGGAGUUGCUUCCCCCAGUUUAUGUGUUUGCUUCUAAAUCAUUUAUAAGUGAAUAAAGUAAAUCCCUUGUAAAUCAAAUGUUUACUGCCCGUAAACACCAGGAACCAUUGUUGUUUUUAUUGGUCUGAAUACUGCCCUUUUGGAAAUGGAUGCUUCAGUCUGCUCCAUGUGCAGGAAGCACUG